CAAAAUCAAGAAGAAGCAAAAGUGGUCAUAUUUUGCAAUUUUUGCAAGACAAAUUUCCAUCUCUAUAUUUAUUCAAGGGGUUAUAUUUGCAAUUUUAGCUAAGCUAAGAAUUUGCUAAAAUGGGCACUUUAGUGGGACAUGUAGCACCAGGAUUUGGCUUUUUUUUAAUUGGUAUUUGGCAUUUGAUUAAUCAUAUUAGAUUACAUGUUGUACAUCCAAAAUCAUAUACUUCUUUGCCUUGGUUCCCAACUCCAAGAAUUAGGUACUUAGAGCUUUUCUUGAUUAUGGGGGGUUGUUUGGCUUCAAUUUCAAUGGAACUUUUUAUUGGUCCAAAAAAACAUCAACCUUUAGAUAUUGAUGGAACUAUCCCUUCUAACCAUCUACACAAUUUUGAACAUUCAAACAUCUCUUUAACUUUCUUUGUGUAUGCUCUUUUCACCAUAAUCUUUGACAAAGUUACACUUCAACCCCAAACAAAAUAUGGGAUGACACAAUUACUUGGAGCUAUUGCUUUUAGUCAACAACUUUUGCUUUUCCAUCUUCACUCUAGUGACCAUAUGGGAGUUGAAGGACAAUAUCAUUGGCUUUUACAAAUAGCCAUUUUUGUAUGUUUAGCCACUACUCUUUUGGGAAUUCAAUUUCCUAAGAGUUUCUUGAAUAGUUUUGUGAGGUCUUAUAGCAUUAUGUUCCAAGGGAUUUGGCUUAUGGUUAUGGGGUUUAUGCUUUGGACACCAAAAUUCAUCCCAAAAGGUUGUUUUAUCAACUUUGAAGAAGGUCAUAAAGUGGUUAGAUGUGAAAAUGAUGAAGCACUUGAAAGGGCAAAAGCUUUAGUGAAUAUACAAUUUAGUUGGUAUAUAGUUGGGAUCACAAUAUUUUGUGUCACCCUUUACUUGAUUUUAAUUAAGAUUUUCCAAGAGAAAAUUGAGUACCAAUCUUUGAAUAGCAAAUUUGAGGAAAUAGAAGAUGAUUUGGAGGAUGUUGAGGCUCAAAAGAGUAGCAAAAAUGGUGUUGAAUCAAAUAGGUUUCUUGAAAUGGGAAAAAUAUUCGCGUCUACAUCAGAUAUGGAAAGAUGAA